AUGCCUAUACUGAUCUCAUUUCUGGUUUUGAUAUUUGUUUCUGGGGCAAUAUCGGAUAUCGAAGAAUGUCGCAACCAAAUGCUCUGUGAGAAUGGAGGAACAUGUCUUCUGAGUAGCGAGCUACCAGUUGGCAAAAAAUGUGAAGAUGACGAAAUUUACCAUAUGGAGUACUGUUACUCUUUCAACGAGAAUCCAAUGAAUUGGAGUGAUGCUGCCAGAUACUGCCAUGACAACAGCAGAGUACUGGCUUUGACUGAGACCGACGAUGAUCAAACGUUCUAUGCUGGCUACGUUCAAGGAAUGUUGGCUGCCACUCAGGCCUACAUUCCAAGGGUGACAGGGGUAUGGACAUCGGUUCGUUGUGUCCCGAAUGGAACUGAGCCGGCAUGGGUGAUAUUUCCAGGAUCUUAUGUGGUUAAACGAUACUAUUGGCAGCCAGGAGAACCGAGUGUUUAUCCGAACUAUGAUGACAUCUGCGUAUCGCUACAUCAGGAUAGCAUUUACCGUAACUGGAUGGCGCAAUCCUGUGAUGUAAAAAAUCAUGUUGUCUGCAAAAGGAAAGCUGUAGAUCAAGAUGCUUCUAAAAAGAGAAUGGCUCAGUGCAUGUGUCCGGAAGGAUUUGGUGGUAUCAGAUGCGAAGAGCGCACUGGUGAGAUUCCUGCACAGAAUCUUUCAUGCACGUCUGCUCCAUUCGAAUUUGCUUGCCGUGAUGGUGGAACGAUCCAUGUGGAGUAUGCUUCUUAUGGAGCUGUGGAAGGUUAUAUAUGUCAUCAGAACAUGGUCACUGCAGUACAGACAUGUAGCAAUCCGAACUCCUUGAAGACGAUCACUAACAAAUGCCAAGGUCUCAGCUUCUGCAGUAUUCAAGAUUUGAAUGGUUUGUUUCCCGAAACUUCGUGUCCUGUUCAAGAAGAAAUAUUUCUGCAAUAUCGUUUUAGAUGCUUAGAAGACAACCCCAAAUGUGCUUCUGGUGCCUUUUACAUGUCUGGAAGAUGCUUCGUGAUUGACACAAAGAAAAAGCUAUUGUCACAGCCUGAAGCACAACAAAGUUGUCAUAAAGAGGGCGGAUAUUUGGCUUCGAGCAUCGAUUCAUCUAUGGAUGCCGAGUUGUCUAGGCAGGUUGUUAGGCAAAGCAAGGAUGGGGAUGCUUUUUGGAUUGACUUGAAAGUCAGUGAUGAAGGAAUUCCAGAAUGGAGUGAUGGUAGCAGUCUUACAUACAGGGAUGUGACUACAAUAUAA